AACUUCAGCAGCUGCAUUAAGGACUGUGGCAGCCGAAGUGAGGAAACAAGUGUGCCGAGAAUAUGGCAACUCACCACAGCUCUCCAAGAAACGUAGUGGCACCCCACAGUCGGUACCUCUGACAGAAGUGGUAGAGCCAACUGACUUUGAGGAAUACCUUAGGAGUCACUUGCCAGAUGCUGAGCCGGGCCCACUUCGUGACCUGAUUGAGUUUCCUGCUGAUGACCUGGAAGUGACCCAUGAACCCCGGGACUGUCGGACCCUGGAACCUGGUGUUCCGGAGGAUGGGAAACAAGAUGCCCGGGUAAGAGAUGCUGUCCAAGUCUACACAGAGGAUUGGGUCAUCGUCCAGAGAAAGUACCAGAAAUUAAGUACCAUGUAUAAUGCUAUUACUGGUGAGAGGCAAAGGGAGAGACAGAAAGGAUUAUCUAGGCAAGUCUUUGAAUUAGAUGAAGUAGUUGAAGAGAGGAGCAGUCAAGGAGAUACGGAUGACACAAAGCGCUGCUCUGGUUCCUUGGAUGACACACCACGAGGCAGUUGGACAUCCAGUAUCUUUGACCUGAAGAAUUCUGCAGCUGACUUUUUAUUGCGUUCACUCCUGGUGCGCACGGCCAUCGAAGAGACUGACCGUACUAACGAGGAGCUGCGCAAGAAGAACCGGCACCAGGAGAUCUUGGCCCUUUACUCUGCCCCUGAUGAAGAGGAGGCAGUAGAACGAUGCAGCAUCCCAGAAGUUCCAAAAGAGCAAUUGGGGCAGAGGAUCUUAGUGAAGUGUUUGUCUCUGAAGUUUGAGAUAGAAGUUGAACCCAUCUUUGGAUCACUGGCACUCUACGAUGUGAAAGAGAAGAAAAAGAUCUCUGAAAACUUUUAUUUUGAUCUCAAUUCGGAGCAUAUGAAAGGCCUUCUGCGAGCUCACAGUGCUCAUCCUGCCAUCUCUACACUAGCUCGUUCAGCUAUCUUUUCUCUUACUCAUCCUUCUCCAGAUAUAUUCUUGGUGAUCAAGCUGGAGAAGGUGCUACAGCAAGGGGACAUCAGUGAAUGCUGUGAACCUUAUAUGGUCAUGAAGGAAACAGAUGCUCUGAAGAAUAAGGAGAAGCUGGAGAAGCUGCGAGUAGCAGGAGAGCAAUUUUGCACCCGGUUGGGGCGCUACCGCAUGCCAUUUGCCUGGACUGCCAUCCACCUCAUGAAUAUAAUCAGCACCACUGGGAUGCUUGAGAGGGAUGCUUCAGACUCUGAAAAUGAGCGCAAAGGGACCUGGAAUGAGCGCAAGAGGAAAGCUUAUGGGCGCCUGAGUGUUGGGGAGGAGAUGUGUAGCUUCAGCAACUUUCGUCCAGCCACCCUCACAAUCACCAAUUUUUUCAAACAGGAAGGUGAUCGUCUCAGUGAUGAGGACUUGUACAAGUUCCUGGCAGAUAUGAGGCGCCCAUCUUCCGUCCUGAGAAGACUCCGUCCGGUUACAGCCCAAUUCAAGAUAGACAUUUCACCAGUGCCAGAGAACCCCCAUUACUGUCUCUCCCCUGAACUGUUGCACGUCCAGCCUUACCCUGACCUGCGUGUCCGACCCACCAAGGAGAUCCUCGAGUUCCCAGUCCGAGAAGUCUAUACCCCUCACACAACAUAUCGGAACCUGCUCUACAUUUAUCCCCAGAGCCUGAAUUUCAGCAGCCGGCAAGGCUCGGUGCGGAACAUUGCAGUGAAACUGCAGUUUAUGGCUGGAGAGGACCCUAGCCAAGCCAUGCCUGUUAUCUUUGGAAAAUCGAGUUGCAGCGAGUUUGCAAAAGAGGCUUACACAGCUGUUGUGUACCAUAGCAAGUCCCCUGAGUUCUAUGAGGAGUUCAAGCUGAAGAUCCCAGCCAACUUGACAGACAACCACCACCUGCUCUUCACCUUCUACCACAUUAGCUGUCAACAGAAGCAAAACACACCUCUGGAGACUCCUGUUGGCUACACAUGGAUUCCUCUCAUGCAGCAUGGACGGCUAAGAACGGGGCAGUUUUGCCUGCCAGUGUCCAUUGACAAGCCUCCACCCAGCUAUUCAGUGCUCACUCCUGAUGUGCAGCUGCCUGGCAUGAAGUGGGUGGAUAAUCACAAAGGGGUCUUCAGUGUGGAAGUUCUGGCAGUUUCCUCUGUCCACACUCAGGAUCCAUUCUUGGACAAAUUCUUCACCUUGAUACAUGUGCUGGAAGAAUACACCUUUCCCUUUCGACUCAAAGAUGUGAUCCUAACAGAGAACAACAUAGAGUCUGAGUUGAAAUCUAGUGUGGGCAACCUACGAGUGGCUAGUCUGGAACCUCUGGUGGCCUUCAGUCAUCAGAUCCUCAACAAGCUGAUCCAACUCAUUGUAUACCCACCUGUCAUUGCAGGGCAGAUUGUGAACUUGGGUCGUGCAGCAUUUGAAGCCAUUGCUGUGAUGGUGAACCAGAUCCACAAGAGCUUAGAGAGCAGCCAAGACCAGCACGGCCACAAUCAUCUUUUGGCCUCUUAUAUUUUCUAUGUUUUCCGUCUGCCUGUGAUGGAACCAGAGGCUGGAGUACCACCCCACAGUGGCGCCAUCCAGUAUGCUACCUUGUCCCGUGCAACUGGGCGCCCUGUCAGCCUUAACCUCUCUCGUUCCAAAAGUAUCAGCAACAGCAAUCCUGACUUGACCACCACACCAACUUCCCCAGAUGAAGAGGUUCAGAAGAUUAUCAACAGCAAGGGGAUCGACCGCUCUCACUCUUGGGUCAACUCUGCCUAUGCCCCUGGAGGCCCCAAGUCUGUGCUUCGCAGGAACCAUCAGAACUCCAGCACGGACCUGAAGCAGGCUGCAGAGCGAGCACCUAAUCGUAUCUCCUCCUAUCUUGAGGGCUCCACUUUUGUGCCGGCAGCUCCGAUGAGACCAGCAACCAAAAAGCUGCUUCAUGAAGAAUUGGCCCUCCAGUGGGUGGUGAGCACCAGUUCUGUGCGGGAGGCUGCUUUGCAUCAAGCCUGGUUCUUCUUCCAGCUGAUGGUGAAGAGUAUGGUGCACCAUCUGUUCCUAUGUGACAAGCUAGAGGCCCCGCGCAAGAUGCGCUUCCCUGGCCGCUUUAUCGAUGACAUCUCAGCUCUAGUGUACACUGUCAGUGCCGAAAUUGUCAGCCGUUGUCAGAAGGAAGUGGAGCUGGUGGAGCAUCUCAACACUAGCCUGGCCUUUUUUCUCAAUGACCUGCUGUCGUUCAUGGAUCGUGGCUUUGUCUUUGGUCUUCUGCGUUCCUAUUAUAAGCAGAUCAAUAACUGGCUAUUGACCACACAGAAUCCCAAUGCCCUCAUUGCUCUCAGAAUGGACUUCAUCCGUAUCAUCUGCAGCCACGAACACUAUGUCACCCUGAAUCUUCCCUGCAGUGGCCUAUCCCCUCCUGCUUCCCCUUCUCCCUCCGUCUCAUCAGCAACCUCCCAGAGUUCAGCUUUCUCCAGCCACACCCAGGACCAGCGAGUGGCCAGCAUGUUUGAGCUCUCUGUAGCCUUUCGGCAACAGCACUUCCUGGCGGGCUUGGUGUUGAUGGAACUGGCACUCAUCCUGGAGCCUGAUGCUGAGGGGGCCUUCUUCCUGCACAAGAAGGCCAUCUGUACUCUACACAACCUGCUGUGCAGUCAUGACUCUGACACCCGCUACAUGGACCCUGCUGUGCGGGCCCAAGUGGCUCAGCUCUAUUUGCCUCUGAUUGGCAUCAUCAUGGAUGCUCUACCGCAGCUCUAUGACUUCACAGAGAACCACAUCCAGCGAGGGCGGCUAGCCUCUGUGAUGGUUGAUGAUGGAGAUGGAGACGGCAGCACCAUUAGCCAAUCAGUUGCCAUGGCCAUUGCGGGCUCUCCCCUGCCUCAUACCCAUCGGCCUGCGGUCUUCCAAAUGCCAUCAGGGGUGAGCAUCCAAUGAUCUUGAGAGAUAGGAAUGUAGAACACAAUCCAGGCCUAACAGGGGUGGGGAAUUCCUGCACAUCACAC